GGCCUAUACAGACACGGACCCGUGCGAACACGGACCUAGGGCUGAGACACAUUUCUUUGACAUUAGUCUUUAUAUAAUCAGGUCAAUAGUUUUAAAGACGAAUCUGUUAAAGUUUGUCAAUAUGGUUAUUUAGAUGAGGACUUACCGCCCCACCACAGGUCGACCAUUCGUUAUUCGCACCAGUCAAUACAGUUUUAUCUUUCUAAUAAGCCUAUUAAGGAAAACUGAAUUGCCCUCCAUAGUAGCAAAGUUAUAUGUAAGAAAAAAAUACACAACACAUUUUGUCGAUAGCGCCGAGAGAAAUUUCCGUAGAAAAUAUGUUGUAAACGAUCACUCGUAAUCGUUAGAAUGCAUAUAUGAGUACAUGCUGGUAGUCAUUUUAAGUUUACCAACCGGUAAUUUCUUGUUCUUGACGCGUUAUUUCCAACAAACGACUUCUAUCAGAAGUAAUGUUUACGGUUAUAAUAUUAAACUAUGUUCGCGAUUUAGUUUUGAUAUAUAUGUUUGGAAGAAAACGAAGACAGGUCGAUUCGCACCACUUUGAAAGAGUACCUUUAAUGAUUGCGAAAUGCGCGGAAGCCUGACGCGAAUAUAUUGAAUAUCGGGAAACUUCAGAAGAUCGCAGAAUUCCGCCCUCUAUUAAUUAUUUCUCGCUGGCAAGCAAAUAUAGAAAUAUUGACUAUUUUUUCUAAGGCAUACUUGCCAUGGACGUCAUAAACUAGUGUAUCGUAUUGACUGUCCUUGAAAAGGUGAACAAUUUCAGUGAAUAUCUCCAUGAAGUCGCGCUUAUCGUUGAAUACAUUAAGCAAUGCAAAAUCGUUUCUUUCAUUUCAUGGAGUAGUGAAAAGGGUAAAUGCAUACUUAAUGUGGGAAUUAGCUGUGUACGGUUUUGCCAAUAAACCAGUGGAUUAUAAAUCAACGGAUUAAUUGGUGAAUGGCAUAUAUUGAACUGUGGAUAAAAACGAACUAUUGAUACCUAUAAAUGUAUAUUGCCAUGUAUAAUAAAUGAUGUUUCACUUGGAUCUUUUUUUACACGGAAUUAAAUAUAAAUAUAUGGUGUUUACAUCUAAUGCUUGUACUCCGUGGGUGUUAUAAUAUUUGAACAUAACAGAAAGGUAAUUGAUAGUGAACACGAACACGUUUAGACGAAAAACAAACAAGAUUUCAAAAAGUUACCAAACAAGGAGAAUGGCAGGCAAGGGCACUUCUAAAUGUUGCUCAGGCUUCGUUUUCAUUCUGAUCUUAGCCGGACUCGGGUGCCACAUUGCCGGCUUUGUGACGGAUUUCUGGCUCGUGGGAACGUCUAACAACAGUACGGAAGUGCAUGGGAUCCGGAUCGGACUAUUCCAUCAGACGAUAGCUUUCCAAAAUGGAACAGAGAGUACAACAGAAUCCAGUUUGAACAUAUUUCCAGAACAGUGCAUAUGCCUCGCGAUAGCGGGCGCCAGCGCACUGGCGUGUUUCAUCAUUUUGUUCAAAACUGUCCACGUGUUGGUCGGCGUGUCUUCAUUUGUGUUGCUAACGUUGAUGAUUAUUUCUGUCUUUUACGUCUUCAUCCAAGUCUUCGAGCGGAAAGAUGUGGUCGCGGAACAAAACCAGAAUUGGCCAACGCUGAAAUUGCAUUGGUCCUUUGGCCUUCUUGCUGGCGGACUCCUGCUCAACAUCGUGGCGACCGUUUUCUAUCUUGUCAUCCUUCUCCUGCAAGACGAACGAACGCCCACCGAGAACGCAAAAAUCUUUGACCAUGCGGGGGAUCUUCACAUAGACACGCUUCCAAUUAUCACGGUGACCGCUGUCGAGGGCAACAAAGGUGACCACACUAACGCAGCAUUCUAUCAGAACGUUGGCAGCGCAAGCAAAAACCGGAAAGACCAAAUAGAUCACUGUACUGCUACUCCGAUCGAUCAGAAUUUUGUAGACACCGUUUCUGCUGUGUCGUCGAAUCAUAGCAGUGACUGGCGCACGUAUACUGGACUAAUAAGAAACGGGAACAGUGAUCAUGAGUAUGCGGAUAUAACGCCGCCUCGUAUCAAAGACACAAGGGCUGAUAAACGCGAUAUAGCGCUGUCUCAAGUAGAACUGCAAGAUGGAAACCAUUCGCAUUAUAAUCAAACUUAUGCAGAGAGCUCGAGAUUGUAGUAGAAUAAAUCUAGUUGUGUAAUAUGCAAAUUAAACAGAUGGGGUAAUCACGUGAUAGUCAAAAUACCUUUAUUACUUGUGUUUAAUUUUUAAAUGACGCUUACUCUCCAGCCAUAUCAGUAAACAUGUGAUAAGCGUUUAUUUCGUAUUAAAAUUCGCUUUAUAUGUCGACUUUACUCCCCGCAAAUUUGCUUAGUGGAGCUUUAAUUAGGACAUCCCGUGCAAUGAGUAAAGUCGAGAUAAAGAGAAAAUAUCAACACGAAAUAAACGUUAGUGACUUUCUUGCUGAUAUGGCUGGAAAGUGAGCGACAUUUAAAUUAUAAAUACAAGUAAUAAUGGGUAUGAAACGGCGAAAAAUACCUGCUUCGGCAUGAACGUCGCUAUCUUGACUAUUACGUGAUUACACCCUCUGUUAAAGUGUACAUAGGUAUUAUAUUGUGACGAAUGUGUAUUAGUAGUUUUUCGGCGUUAGCUGUAUACGCCAGCUUUUUUUACCUUAGCCUGACCUUUGUAAACGACCAAUCAAUUCGAAUAUAAAAUUUUCCGCCGGUAGGCCUGAAACUUUUCGCUGUAGAAAACGGUCUACAAACAGAUUUCACAAUAACAUUAAUAUGGUAUUCCAUCGACUUUCUAUUUUUGGGAAGUGUAGAGUAAGGGAUACUACAGUUUGUUUAGCAACGAUGUUCAUUGCGUAUUCAGCGUGAAACAAUUGUAGCUCUUUAGGUUUGAGAGAUGGAGCAGUUUCACACUCAAUUCUCGACAUCAAUACAGAGUGCGUGUCCCUUUAUAUUUAGAAGAAUGUCAGCGCCAGAGCUUAAAGGCUGUGUUCUCAUAUUUGGUAAUUACUACGAUAUUGCAUUCUGUGCACUCAAAAAUGUUAGAUCAUAUCAGAAUCGCUGUUAAGUAACCUGAUAUACGCUUUGACGAACAUAUUAAAAAAUCGUUUUCUAAAUCAUCCGUUAAACAAGAAAAUGUUUAAAGCUUUAAACAAGCCGUCGUUUCAGCAGCAGAAUUGUUACCUAACUUAAAUGCAUUGCAUUCCAAUCCGCAAAGUAUCAAGGUCAGUUUGCGGUCAGUUGCAGAAAUCUUUAUAUAAACGCCGUCUCGUAAACUUUGUGCACUUGAAGUCUGUUUUGAUCAGAAAGAUACUAAAUAAAGAUAUUCGGCGAUAUUAUUGUGGUAUGUCAAUCAUCGAAUUUUAGUAUGUUUUCAACAUUUGCAUGAUAAGGACCAAUUUUGAUAAAAUUAAUUAGAGAUAUUUAUCCAUUUAGACCAGUUUAUUAAGCAUGAGCACAAUAAUUCAGUAUACAAUAAUAAUGCAAUUAAAUAAGAUUCGAGUAUUGCCGGCUGACCUAAAUGCACUCAUUUAUUUUCAUGGUUUUUGUGUUUUUCUAUUCUGUAAAUAUAGAUAUCUUAGUAAUAAUAUCACAUAAAGCAAAAUAAGCCACAAAAUCUGGCGCAACACCCCGUAAUUGAUUUGCUUGUGAUGUAGCUAAGAACUGAGCAGAAAAAAGGCAUCCGCUACGUUUUAUCUCAUAGAGAUAACUUUUGAUCGUUCAAUAAACAUCGACCACAAUCAACGCCGUAAAUCUUUUUUAAAGAUAUUUCUUGUUGCUAUUAACUUUGAAACGGCUCUUUGCAUAACAUGUCUUUAGUUAUUGCAUGAACCCUUUUGAUUGCCUUUAAAGCAUUACUGUUUGCCUAUCGUAUACCCGUUUUUCGGUCAUAUUCCCAAUGGCCGAAAGUAUCUUUUUAACAAAUUAAGUCCCAACAUUCCGAAUUGAUUAUUUGUUAUUUCAAAUCUCUGGAGAUAAAGCUUUUUAGUAUAAAAUAAAAAGUUAGAAGUUGUUAAAUCCAUUUACUUAUACAUUAAUGUAUACAUUAUUUCUGUUUUAUAUAACUUUCAGUAAUACAUAUUCAAAAGCUAUAAACCAAGCAAUCAUCCAUGUUCCUUAAUUCGCUAAAAAAUUCCAAUUGCACGAGUAUAGACCAUAUGACCAAAAUGGUGAGAAAGUCCAGUUAAGUGUUGGGUCUUAUUUCUAAAAUCGCUGAAGCUUCAAGACAUUCUCCAAAAAUGACACUGUCAUUUAAAAUACUUUCAAAAACAUUCGCCUUCAUUUUAGCUGUAAAUGGUACUAUUAUACCUAAAUACUUGCAGACAAAUACAACCAUAUAUUCGUUGCGUUCGUGUACAUAGUAUUUUAUAGGAGUUUUAGAGUUUCUCAUAGAAAAUAACACUCAGUAACCGAAUUCUUAUGUAAUAAUUUGUAUACUUUACCGCUUCGCCAACACUGUGUGAAUUUAAACAAAUUUGUUUUUAUUGUCAGAAAAGACACUGUUCAGCAUUAUUUUCGCGUGAAUCACUAUGAUUAUGGUACUAACAGCUAGUUUAAGUUGGUGUUAAGAUAUGUAAUAGGUUCAUUUUGGAGAAUAACGUAAGUCAUGCAGUUUGCUUUUACUUCUGAUGUUUUCUGUAAUUGCAUUUACAAUAUGUAUAUUUUAUUGAUUAGAUAUGUAUUUAGAUUAUUUAUUUGUUCAUUAUUGUUUAUUUGUUAGUGUACCGUUUAGAAUAAUUGCUUCUGUUAACUGUUUAUUUAUUUAUGGGCAGGAACGGGAAUGUUUAUUGCAACUGUCAUCUUACACAACAACAACUUGUUAGUUCACAUAGCUCACAUCUUUUAAAUGAUUAUACAAGGAAAUCCAAGUCUCUAUUUAACCUUCCUUUUAAAUGUAGAUUGUGUUAAUUAAAAGUUUAUUCAGUGAAUACGAUCGAAUAUAGCAACUCAACCUGCACUACCAGCAAAAGUUAACCCUUCGCAUGUUGGGAAAUUUGCCGUCUGCUAAAAUGUCGUCUGUUGAAUUUUAAAAUUAGCAUUUUCUUCGAUUUUGUUUCAAAGAAUACUAUCAGAAUAGCAAACAGUUCUGGAUCCAAACUGUUUGCAAAGGACUUCACAAUUCGGUUCCAGCACUGAAAGAGUUAAGGGUCGGCACAAAACAUGCGGUCGAUCAUAUUAGUGGAAACAACUUUUUUACGCCUAGUAUGAAGAUGUUCGAAAUGCCAUUGCAUGUGUUUCAAAAAAACGUUUAUGUGCAUUGUUCCCUUUUUUGUUUUAUGUCAGUUACUUGAAUAUUACAUAUUUUUCGCUUUUAAGAACGAGAGCAAUUAAAUAAUGAAGUAUAAGUUUUACUGCAAUGGAUUUAUAUGAACCGCGCUUUGUGAAAAGGGGGUUUAAUGCAUGUGCGUAAAGUUCGCACAGGCUAAUCAGGGACGACACUUUCCGCCUAUACUGGAUUUUUGCUAAGAGGAGACUUUCUUAAAAG